AGGUUAUCACUUAUCAGCACGAAUUAAGAUAUCUUAAUUCGUGCUUAUCAGUUAUCACUAAUAUAAUUUAAAAUUUCUCAACAAAUCCAUUAAAAUGAAAAAAUUAAUUUAGCCAUGGUCGAUAUUACAUAUUACCUACAUUAUGAUAGUGAAUAUUGAAUAAUGUCACAAAUAUUAAAAUAUGGUGGUUGCCGGUUGGAUACUUGGUAUUUGGAUUUGCAAACUAAAUAAUUUUUCAUCUUAUUAGUUUCUUACUGUUCUUUUAUUUGUAUAAUUUUAAUCAAAAUGUAUACAAAUCACUACACUCCUCAGUAUUCGCAAUACAAUCAACAAUAUCAGCAAUAUUCAUCUAAUUACUAUCAAAUGUAUAAUAAUUAUAACCAACAACCAGCUUAUAACACUCCACCACCAACGCAGCAAACAGCUGCAACAUUUAUAAGCCCAAACGUGCCUGUCCAACAGCCACAAGCAUCAACUCCUGGACAAAAUGUUUCAAGUAUAUGGAUGGGAAGUCUGGAACCUUAUAUGACUGAGAGUUUCAUCACUGGUGCAUUUCAAAAGAUGGGAGAAUAUCCUAAAAAUGUUAAGUUGAUGCGCAAUAAAAACACUGGUGAAACUGCUGGCUAUGCAUUUGUUGACUUCUAUGAUCCAGUAUCUGUUAUGCAUAAACUGAAUGGAAAAUAUAUACCCGGUACUAAUCCACCUGUUAGAUUUAAACUCAAUCAUGCUGGCAAUCCUGGAAAAAUUACUACAAGUGAUAGAGAUUUUUCUGUGUGGUUAGGUGAACUUAGCUCAGAUGUAGAUGACUAUCAGUUAUAUAAAACAUUUGCUUGUCGCUAUCAAUCUAUAUGUACAGCCAAAGUGGUCUUGGACAGUGCUGGUUACAGUAAAGGAUAUGGUUUUAUUCGUUUUGGCAGUGAAGAAGAGCAAAAACACUGUCUUAAUAAUAUGAAUGGUUUUCCAGGCCUUGGUUCCAAACCCAUAAAGGUUAGCAGUGUCAUACCAAAAUCAGAACGUCAUAUUGUUGUUGCUUCAAAUGACUCUCAAGGAUACAAGGCUAGUCAAGAUUAUGGACAAUAUUUUGAAACUAAUUAUUGGCAACGAUACUCAAUGUGGAAUCAACCUCAAAGUCAGAAAUAUGUGCUUAAGCCAGAACCAACAAUUCAAACUCCAGCUGUUAAAACUAAUGGCAAUUUAACUCUAGUUGAUUACAAAAAGUCAAUUGACAUAGAUGCAUUAAACAAAGACCUGGUCUCACAAGAUUACAAUUUAUGGGAUGCACUUGAAAGUUCUAAAUGGCUACCACUCGACACUAUAGAAGUUAUUUAAAUAUAUUUUGUUGAGGUUUUCUUCGAAUCCACAUUUCUUGUAUGUACAUAACAUAAUAAUUAUAUUAAAAUAAUCUUUUUUUAUUCUUUUUAU